AAACUGUUUUUUGGAGAUUAUAUUCAUUGUGUCAUAUAAAUAAUUCGACAAUAAAGGCUUCGGUUCAGUUGUUGAUAAGAUUUUGGAAUGAAUAGAUCGUGAAUUUGUGAAAACAUUGUAAAAAAUGGCAUUAAUAAGUGGAAGUUGGAAACUGGACAUUUUAACAAUUUUGCUGGGUGUGAUUACUUUAAUUUAUUUAUUUUUCAAAAGAAAGUAUUCAUAUUGGCAACGAAAGGGAUUUAAUUCAAAUCCAGAUAUUACCUUCCCAUUCGGAAAUUUCAAACGGACAUUUUUGCAAAAGGAACAUUUUGUGGAGUCAAUUGAUAGAAUAUAUCACGCCACAACGGAACCAUUUAUUGGAAUUUACACAGUGUUUCGUCCGACACUUAUGAUACGCGAUCCUGAACUAAUUAGAACGAUUUUAAUCAAAGAUUUCAAUCACUUCACUGACCGCGGAAUUCAUUGUGAUGAAGAAAAUGAUCCAUUAUCAGCAAACUUGCUAGCAUUACCAGGUCAAAAAUGGAAACAUAUGCGAAGCAAACUGACACCAGCAUUCUCGUCGGGAAAAUUGAAGGCGAUGUUUUCUACUCUACUCGAUUGUGGUUCAACUUUACAAAAUUAUUUGGGAAAAUUAGCCGAGAAUGGUGAAAUGUUGGAUGUUAGAGAAAUAUCGGCCUCGCAUUCAACAAAUGUGAUCGCGUCGGUUGCUUUUGGCAUCGAUGUGGAUUGCAUCAAUGAUCCAGAUAAUAAAUUUCGUGUUUGUGGUCGACAAAUCUUUGACACUGGCCAUUCAAAUUCAAUUCGCACUCUACUUGGAUUUAUAGCUCCUCAAAUAUUAAAAUUGUUUCGACUGAAAUUCAUAUCACCCGAAGUGCAAUCGUUCAUAACAUCGAUGGUUAAACAGAAUCUAGAGUAUCGUGAAAAGAAUCAUAUCAGUCGCAAAGACUUCUUUCAGCUGCUCAUUCAGUUGCGAAAUUCCGGCACAGUGCAGCUAGAUGACGAAUGGAAAACGAUGACGAAGGCUGAUGAAAAUCAAAAAUCACUGACUCUGAAUGAAAUGUCCGCCCAGACAUACUUAUUCUUUGCCGCAGGGUUCGAAACAUCCUCAUCAACACUAUCAUUCUGUAUGUACGAAUUGGCAAAGAAUCCGGAAAUCCAAGAAAAAGUACACGAAGAAAUCGAUCGAGUCUUAGCUCAGCAUGGAGGGAAGGUGACUUAUGAUUCGGUUACAGAGAUGAAGUAUUUGGAAAACUGUAUUGAUGAAACAUUACGAAAAUUUAUUGUUGCUGUGAUGUUGACUCGAACAUGUGUGAAAACAUACAAAAUACCCGGAACAGAUAAAAUCAUUGAGAAAGGUGUUGAAGUGAUGCUUCCGAUAUUCUCACUACAUCGAGAUGAGAAAUACUAUGAAAAUCCAAAUAAAUUCGAUCCGGAUCGAUUCAAUGAAGAGAAUUCAGCGGGAAAAAAUUAUUUGAAUCGACCCUACUAUCCGUUUGGGGAUGGUCCCCGAAAUUGCAUUGGCAUGAGACUCGGGAAAAUGCAAGUUAAAGUCGGUCUAAUCAUGAUGUUGCAGAAAUACAAAUUCGAAUUGGAGGACCGACUCAAAAAUGAAGAACUAAGAAUAGAUCCCACAUCUUUUCUGCUCUCUCCUUUUGGUGGUAUAAAGCUUCAUGUAUCUGAAAAGUAGUAUAUGAGUAGAUUAGAAAUAAAAGUAAUAAUAGCCCAACUCUUGUUCUCAGUAUGUUCUUGAUGAGAAACCACUUUUUGAGUAGUCCUACUUGGUCCUACUACUAAUGAUUUUUGGCAAUUCUAUUUUUGGUCUCUUUUAGCAAAUAUACUUUAUUUUUUGUGAAUUCA